GUCGACGUCAGAUCGGCGCUGAGCGGCUCGCUGGAGGCUCCGCUCGCUCACCUGCCCGACCGUCCCCCAGCGUCACCUCCACAGCGCUCAGCGCCGCGCGCGGGCUCCCCGAAGACCAGGCUGCGAGGGGCGCGCAGGUGGCGGCACGGGGACCCCACCUUGGCCGGAGGAUUCCCCCCCACCCCCUCCGUGGCACUCCUCUACCUGCCACAGGUGGCCACGCCCUCGACGCCGGCGACGAAGCCAGCUCUCGCCAGCAGCCGGGCUCCGGGCGCGCAUCGCCGGGGACACACGCAUCCCGGGGGUCCGGGACGCGCGCCGCCAUGGAGCCGGCGCGGAGCAUCGGCAACUUCGCGGUGUGGGACUACGUGGUGUUCGCGGGCAUGCUGCUCAUCUCCGCCUCCAUCGGCAUCUACUACGCCUUCGCCGGCGGCGGCCAGCAGACCUCCAAGGACUUCCUGAUGGGCGGCCGCAGCAUGACCGCCGUGCCCGUGGCGCUGUCCCUCACGGCCAGCUUCAUGUCCGCCGUCACCGUCCUGGGCACCCCCGCCGAGGUCUAUCGUUUCGGGGCCGUGUUCAGCAUCUUUGCCAUCACCUACUCCUUGGUAGUGGUCAUCAGCGCCGAGGUCUUCCUGCCGGUGUUCUAUAGGCUGGGGAUCACCAGCACCUACGAGUAUUUAGAACUUCGAUUUAAUAGAUAUAUUCGUCUCUGUGGCACAGUCCUCUUCAUUGUCCAAACAAUUCUGUAUACUGGAAUCGUUAUUUAUGCCCCUGCUCUUGCUUUGAAUCAAGUCACAGGAUUUGAUCUGUGGGGCGCUGUGGUGGCAACCGGGGUGGUCUGCACGUUCUACUGCACACUGGGUGGUCUUAAAGCAGUUGUCUGGACAGAUGUUUUUCAAGUUGGAAUCAUGGUGGCUGGAUUUGCAUCCGUGAUUAUACAGGCUGUGAUAACUCAAGGAGGCAUCCACACAAUUUUAAAUGAUGCCUAUCAUGGUGGAAGAUUAAACUUCUGGAAUUUUGAUCCCAACCCUCUGCAAAGACACACAUUCUGGACAAUUAUUUUAGGAGGGACCUUCACAUGGACCACAAUCUAUGGUGUCAACCAGUCCCAAGUGCAGAGAUAUAUUUCCUGUAAAAGCAGAUUUCAUGCAAAACUGUCUCUCUACAUCAACCUUUUGGGCCUCUGGGUAAUCCUCACCUGCUCCGUGUUCUGUGGACUUGCCCUGUAUUCCAGGUACCAUGACUGUGACCCCUGGACAUCUAAGAAAGUGUCAGAAGCAGACCAGCUCAUGCCUUAUUUGGUAUUGGAUAUUUUGCAAGAUUAUCCGGGAGUUCCUGGGCUUUUUGUGGCCUGUGCAUAUAGUGGCACAUUAAGCACAGUGUCCUCCAGUAUUAAUGCCUUAGCAGCAGUAACCGUGGAAGAUCUCAUCAAACCUUACUUUAAGUCACUCUCAGAAAAGUCUCUGUCUUGGAUUUCCCAAGGGAUGAGUGUGCUGUACGGAGCCCUGUGCAUUGGAAUGGCUGCUCUGGCAUCACUCAUGGGAGCUUUGUUGCAGGCAGCACUCAGCAUCUUUGGCAUGGUUGGUGGACCACUUAUGGGUUUGUUUUCUUUGGGGAUCUUGGUUCCCUUUGCCAACUCAAAAGGAGCACUUGUUGGUCUAUUGGCGGGCUUUGUCAUUUCCUUAUGGGUAGGAAUUGGAGCUCAGCUUUAUCCGCCACUUCCUGAGAGAACAAUGCCAUUACCCCUGGAGACCUAUGGCUGUAACAGCACAUACAAUGGGACAAAUUUGAUGACAACCACGGAAAUGCCAUUUUCCACCAGUGCUUUUCAAAUCCACAACGUUGAAAGGACACCACUGAUGGAUAACUGGUAUUCAUUAUCGUAUCUGUACUUCAGCACUGUGGGGACCUUGACGACAUUACUUGUGGGGAUGCUUACCAGUCUACCGACAGGAGGGAGGAAACAGAACUUGGACCGAAGAUUCCUGCUAACCAAACAGGACUUUUUAUCCAAUUUUGAUAUUUUUAAGAAAAAGGACCAUGACCUAAGCUAUAAAUCUCAUCCCGUGGAAGAUGGUGGAACAGAUAAUCCUGCCUUCAACCAUACUGAACUGAACUUCACGGAUCAGAGCAGCAAGAUGAGUGGGACUCGCUUGUGAAGCCACUCUUAAUGCUAGAUAAUCUUACAGACUGUUGCAAUUUUAAAAAUGUAUUUUAGGAUAAUCGAAUCAGAUGUACUUUUUUCCCAUCGUGAGCAUUUUGGAGGAUACAUUUUUAUUAAGAUUAAGUCAUGACUUUCUCUAUGUUUCUACACUGGUUGCUGAGGCUGCUACCAUCGAGUUAAGACUUUCAGCAUCACUUUCCAGCUGUCAUAUGUAAAUGAAGCAACAGUUGAGGAAUGUCACUGCUACAUAUGUGCUGAAAGGCUAAUACACAUAUAUAUGCAUGGUGCUUGGUGACCACAUGCAUAUUUUUCCGUUUGGAGAUGAGGAAAACUAUUUUUCAUGCCUUUGGUACUAGCAUGUAAGUUUUGGGAUUUGCCACCAUCGUAACAGAUGCAGAGAAGAGCUGUCUUCCUCCCCGCCCAUCCUCGAUUCUGAGGUGGCAGCGAAGGCAGGUGCAGGGGCAGCAGAGUGUGUCUGUGGCACCUGUGGCUUUCAUUUUGCGUCCUGGAUCAGCCCAGAGCAUGCAGUGAUGCCAGAACGGAUCCUGGCUCUUCAGAGUGCUCAGCAGACGCAGCCUGUCUCAGGGAGAACAUAGACUGAGGACUUCUUGUCCUCAUUCCUGUGCCUUUGAGCCUGUUUGCUGAGGCUUCUGGCUAAUUGGCUUUUUGUACUGUCAACUGUAAUGACUAUCAACUAAAUAGUUCUCACCUGCAUUUAUGGGUUCUGACCCACCGACUUUGGCUUUGUUAUGUUUGCUUUUCUAGUUUCUUGUUUGCUGCCGUGGCCUUGGCUAAGUCUUGAGACAUCCAGUGCAAAUCGUGCCAUCAGCCUGAUUCAUCAGGUCCUUGCCUGUCAAUUACAAAUGCCUGUGGGUCUGGUAUUGACAAACACAUGCUUGAUAUAGGCACUUAUGGGUUUGGUGGGCCAAGAACUUUAUAUUUUUAAAAAUGAUUAAGUUCCAUGAAGUAAGAUGGUGAUACUUAAUGAUAUUAAGUUGAACUUUUUGUAUUCAACUAAUUUGAAGUCAAUUAAGUUGAUGGAUGGAACAUCUGCUUAGUAGAAAUCUUGAAAUCCUAGUAUAUUAAUAUAUUUAAUGAGAUAUAUUUCAUAGGUAAACACUUCUUUUUUUCAACUGCUUUAGGCAUAUAUUUAGUAAAUAUAUGCUUCAUUUCCUCUUUUAAAAUUUUAAUCAGCAAUUUCAAAGUUGCUGAGUUGGCUGUUUAUUUAGCUAUAUUCACAGCUAAGGGUUUGGUUAUAGAAUUUCUUUAAUAACUUACUUUUCUAGAAUAUCCAUAUAUAUACAAUACCCAUACUGUUUGAAAUAUGUUUUUAAAAGAGGUUUUCAAUAUUCUUUAAGGAGAUAGGAGAAAUAUUUAGGUACAUAAAAUGUUUUAUAAUUCAACAAUUUUAUAUGUUUUUGGUCUCCAUUUUUAGAUGGUCAUACCUUGUACAUUUAGAGGUUAUAACUGAUGUUAAAAAUGAAAAAAAUGUAGAGAACAGCAUUUAUUUGAAGCAGAGAUUUAUAUAGCAUUUAAAUUUCUUAUGUAUAUAGAUGCUAUUUUUAUCACUAUAUUUGUAAGCAAACAUCAAAUUCUGUGACUCUGCAAUGUCUUAAUGAGAAAGAAUAUGUCAUCAUGUUUGUCUCAUAUGAUUAUGAUUUGAAAUAUAAUUAAUUUAUUGAUUCUUACUGAAUAUGCAUGUAGAAUGCUUCUACUUUGGCAUUCAAAACCAGGUUAUCUGAAUAACUUUCUCUUUUCUGACUCCCCUGGGGUUAUGCAAUGUAUUCUUAAUGAGAAAUAAUAUUUUGUUCUUAUCUAUUUUCUUUCAUACACAUCAUAUCUUUGUGACAUUUGAAGGUACCAAUGUUUUACUUUUACAAACACAUUCAAGUACCAAUAGAAUUACUAAGAAAGCAAA